CCGACCAAAUGUACUUUGCUGUUUACAGGUUGCUCUGAGAGUCAUCCACAUCUUCUCGUACUAUUGCAUCCCUUACAGCAAGAAACUAACGCAACUAUACUUGCAGAGCCUUUCAACCAGUUUAUGCGGAGAUCCGAAACCACAUGUAUAGGCGCAACUUGUAAGUAGGGUUCAGCGUAGCCGAUUCCUGCAAACAAGGAUGCAGGCCUUUGCGCAAGCAUGCAAUACCAGGUUCACACAAGGAUGCCCACUCAGAAGCGCAACACCGGAUUUAGGGAUGCCUUCAUUAGCUCUAUCGAACUGCCGAUCUCGAUUAUGGCGGACACGUGCAAACGCAAAUUUGUCGGCAUCGGUGUUGGAGACGAAGCCCAGCGAGCGGCGACGGAAAACUGCCUGGAUACAGCGCCGUGCCAGAAAGCAACAAAAGCAGCUUAAGGGUCUAGAAUGGGCCGAGGAACGCUUACUGGACAAAAUGCUGGACCUCGACGAUGAAGGUUGCAAUGCACGGCUCUGCAGCAACGCUCUUGCAAGCAGCAGCACCAGCGGAGACUUAAACUCCAGUCGCUCGCACCAGCGGUUAUCGAGGUUAGUUCCUCCAAGUCCAGAGGUACUGAUGGCGAUGUUACGAGGUGUGAAUGCCAAGCGCGCGCUGCUUGAGGAGCUCGAUGUGCGGAACCCCGCGUCAGUCGCCAGGCGGCUGCUGCGCCUCUCUUCGCUGCUGGCCCUGCCCCCCGCCCAGCUCCUGCUCAUGGCCCGCCGCUGCCCCCGCCUGCUGGUGACCCACCGACCCGAGCAGCUCCAGGCAGCUCUGCAAGCGCUCGAGCAGUGCCUGCAGCAGCAGCUGACAGCGACAUCGGCAUCGGGGGCUAGCGCUGCUACGAGGGGCAUGGUGGGGAGCAGCGGCGGUAGCGGACAGCGGCAACAGGAGCCGGGGAUAGGGACGCGUGGCGGUGGAGGAAUGCCGAGAUCUGGAUCUGGAUCUGUAGCAAUCGGGGCGGCAGCAGCAGCAGCAGGGGCAACAGCAGCUUGGGAUGCCGGGGAGGAGCUGCAGGCUGAGGCUGCCAGCCUCGCUCGGAGGAUGCUGGCUGCUGCCCCCGAGCUGCUGCUGAUGGCUCCUGAGCGGCUGGUGCGGAGCGGUCUGGAGCUGGGGGCGGUGUGCAAGGCGCGGGGCAUGCAGCUGCUGCCGCUGCUGCGUCUACGCCCCGACCUGCUGUCCCAAUCACCCGCCCGCCUGGCCGCCAAGAUGGACCUGCUGCCGCGGCUGCUGGGGCUGCCGCAUGCUCGAGUACGACACCUCAUUCAAACCGCCCCCGACCUGCUCAGGAGAUCCCCCGCUCAGGUCUCCCGUCGCUACCAGCUCCUAGCCUCCCUGCUCGGUCCCCUGCCGCCUGCUUUCGUGGCCGAGCUAGCCGCCCAGGAGCCGCGUGUGUUGGCGCUGGGGGCCGCCAGUCUGGCGGGGAAGUUCCGGAGCCUGUACAACAGGGGAACCAGCAGGGGAACCAGCAGGGGAAGCAGCAGGGGCAGGGGCAGCAGGCACCUUCUUCGGCAUCAGCUGCUGCUGCUGCUCCUGGGGUAGCGGUAGCGUCGGGCGGGCAGUCGGCAGCACUUCCGGUGCGUUCGGGGACGGAAGGUUUAACAGUUGCUGAUGCUCGCCUAGACAGCAACGAGUGUGAUGAUGAAGGCGAAGAGAACAGUUUUGGCUACGACGCUCAAAAUGACGUCAGUAACGCUGCUGCUGACAGUGCUACUGGGGGCGCUGCCUCCGCUGCAGCUGCUGCUGCUGCUGUCGCUGCUGCUCCCGUGUUGGAUCGAAUCCUGCAACUCUCCGAAACCAGCGGCAUCCCAGUAGCCGCCACCCUGAGGCUUGUCGUACGAGAUCCCUCCGUCUGCGGGCUCAGUAGCACGCAAAUCUCGGAUCGGCUAGCGGCACUAGCUGCCGUACUGGGGAGCCGUACGGAACCUGCUGAUGUACGGCAGGGGCUUGUUACGGAGGUGGAUGCACGGCAGAGCCUAGCGGAGCAGCCUGGGUUGUUGUCGCUGUCGCCUGGGCAGCUGCGGGAAAGGGCGGCGGUGCUUGGGCGGUUGCUGCAGCCGACAGGGGACUCCCAGCGGGCAGGGGAGGUCAGGAAAGGUGGAGCGACGGCGGCGGAACAGGGGGCAGCCGCGGGGAUGGCGGCAGCGCUGCUUCGAGCUCAUCCGGAGCUGCUGCUGCAGGACCCCACCGACCUGCAAUCCCGCCUGGCCGCCCUGAGCUCCCUUCUGCUGGGCACCCCUCCACCUCCAUCACCCGCAUCUCCAAUCCCACCCCUUAACCCAGCCACCACAACAGCAGCGGCCCCAGCCUCCUCCCCGCCCCCGCCCCCGCUAUCCCCCCGGCUGCUGUCGCUGCUGGCCCGCCAGCCCGGGCUGCUGGCCUGUCCCCCUGGCCGGCUGGCGGGGCGGCUGGCGCUGCUGCGGGGUCUGUUGGAGCUGCCGGAGCAGCUGACUCGGGAGCUGGUGCUGCGGGAGCCGGGUCUCCUGGCCGUUUCAGAGGCGGAUCUGGAACGCAAGUUCCGCGCCCUUGCCGCCUCCUUCGGCGCAUUUAGCUCCGACGCGCGAGAGGUGGUGCUAGCAGAUCCCUCCCUGCUGCUGCGGGCAGGAGCGGAGGAGGAGGUGGAGACAGCGAAAGAGCAGCAGGGGCUGCAGCCGCAGCAGCGGCAGCAAGGGCAAAAGCUGUCGCCUUCUGUGUUAGGCGCGGGAGGUCAGCCGGGAGGCCAAACGGCGCGGGCAGCAGCAGGACCUCAGGGGCAGGGGCAGCAGCAGCCGCCACAGCAGCCGCAGCAGCAGCAGCGGAAGCUUAAAAGCGAAGGCGAGGAGCAGGGGCUGACGGCUGCAGCGGCCACAAGCAAAGCAGC